ACUGAGUGGCCAGGGAGGGGUAUUUCCAGGAUUACGAGACAUUUUGUCCAUGGAAUGCUCGGGGUAAACAACAGUCCUCCGGAGUGAAAGGUCCGACCGAGGGCGGAACACCGGGGCUUUCAAGUUUGCCGGAGCCCAUCCCGGUGCUGUCGCCUUGGGUUAGCCAUUCAUCUUUGGAGACUCAGUUUCCCCGUCUGUAACAUGAUGUGGACCCGUUGCACUCUCCCUCCUUCCAGGUUCUUCAUGAUGAAAGAUUUUGGGGUGCUUCUCUCUCCUCUGUAUAGUUAGUAGUUUGGGUGGUGAAGAUAUGGCUGACAGUGUCAAAACCUUUCUCCAGGACCUUGCCAGGGGAAUCAAAGACUCCAUCUGGGGAAUUUGUACCAUCUCAAAGCUCGAUGCGCGAAUUCAGCAAAAGAGGGAGGAGCAGCGUCGGAGAAGGGCAAGCAGCGUCCUGGCGCAAAGGAGAGCCCAGAGCAUAGACAGGAAGCAAGAGAGUGAGCCACGUAUCGUUAGUAGAAUUUUCCAGUGCUGCGCUUGGAAUGGCGGAGUAUUCUGGUUCAGUCUCCUCUUGUUUUAUCGGGUGUUUAUUCCUGUACUUCAGUCAGUAACUGCCCAGAUUAUUGGUGAUCCGUCUCUACACGGAGAUGUUUGGUCAUGGCUGGAAUUCUUCCUCACGUCCAUUUUCAGCGCUCUCUGGGUGCUCCCCCUGUUUGUGCUUAGCAAAGUGGUGAAUGCCAUUUGGUUCCAAGAUAUAGCCGACCUGGCAUUCGAGGUAUCAGGGCGGAAGCCUCACCCAUUCCCUAGUGUUAGCAAAAUCAUUGCUGACAUGCUCUUCAACCUUCUGCUGCAGGCUCUUUUCCUCAUCCAGGGGAUGUUUGUGAGUCUCUUUCCCAUCCACCUUGUUGGUCAGCUGGUUAGUCUCCUGCAUAUGUCCCUUCUCUACUCACUGUACUGCUUUGAAUAUCGUUGGUUCAAUAAAGGAAUUGAAAUGCACCAGCGGUUGUCAAACAUAGAGAGGAACUGGCCUUACUACUUCGGAUUUGGUUUACCUCUGGCUUUCCUCACAGCAAUGCAGUCCUCAUACAUUAUCAGUGGCUGCCUCUUCUCUAUCCUCUUUCCUUUAUUCAUUAUUAGCGCCAAUGAAGCAAAGACCCCUGGCAAAGCUUACCUUUUCCAGUUGCGCCUCUUCUCCUUGGUGGUUUUCUUAAGCAACAGACUCUUCCACAAGACGGUCUACCUGCAGUCCGCCCUGAGUAGCUCAGCCUCUGCAGAGAAGUUCCCUUCGCCGCAUUCGUCUCCUGCCAAACUGAAGGCUGCCGCAGGCCACUGAGUCCCCUGCCAUCAGGGGAAGGCGUGGGAUUGGAAGGAGGCUGUGCCGGUCUUUCCUUGUUCACCGCCCCCCCCAGGGAGGCAGGGCCCACUCUGCCAAGGGCCCUCUGCGCAUUCCCUCCUGAGGAACUGGGAUUUGGUCUCUGGUGCACGUAAGGCGCCAUCUCCCUGACACCAGUAUGUGGACUGUUACCACCUGUGAGUCUGAAAGGCCACAGGUUUUUCUGCAGCUCUUUUCUAGCAUUUGCCAGCCUCCCCUCGCCUGGACUGAUUCGAAUACUUUUUCUCCCCGUGCCAUUCACCCUUCCGCCUCCCCUUCCUGCCUUCCAUCGCCCUUGGAUGAAUGGAUUUUGUAAUUCUAGCUUUUGUACUUUGUGGACCUGUUGUGUUUGUUGUUUUUCUGUGAAGCACAUACAUUGGAUGUGGGAGGUACAGGAGAGUCCGUUACUCCUGGUCACUCCCUUUAUAGCCAUCACUGUCUUGUUUCUUGUAACUCAGGUUAGAUUUUGGUCUCUCUUGCUCCACUGCAAAAAAAAUAAGCCUGAAGAGAUGGGACAGGAGGAAAGACCUCACAGCCAGAUCUGCUGGGUUUUGAGGAGUGGUUUUUCCUUCCCCUUAAAGGGGAAAAGCUCUUUUCACUGGUACAUUUAAAGUUCCCCAGCCACGGGGCGGUACCAGUUUUGGACAAGUGCCACUGCAACACAGAAUGCUCAGAGAACCUGAACUCUUAAACUCUGCAGGUCUGAAAUUUACUGUCGGCCACUGUCGGGCCUGUCUGAUGUUUCCAAGGGGAUAUUGGGUGCUGCAAAUCGAAACUGAAGGGGUAAACUUAUUAAAACCAUUAAGCCUGUGA